AUUUUCGAUUUAAAUCUGAAAAUAAUGCCAGUACUGGAAGCGCCAAAUGUGGAAUUAGGUUCAGCUCCGCAGACACCAAGCGUGAUCGUUUCACCGUCACCGUCAGAAAUUUCUAGUGCCAGCUCUCCAGAACCGCAGAAUGUUCGUGCUACUCCACUAUUCAGGAUGUUGGCUAUGCCACCCCCUGAUCCAGAACAACCGCCUGGCCAGGACGAACUGGAGCGUAGAUUACCCGGCUACAGGCGCAUUGUUAUACCCCGAGAAUUAACUCUCAUAGAACUCUUGAAAGAGAGCAGUGGCGUGACCACAGACGAGGAAGUCUUGACGAUACGCGAAGCAAAGUUGCGUGUUAUUGCAGAGCGCGUCGGCUUGCGUCGGUUGCACGUCCUCGCUCCCCGCUUACGUUCCCUUACUCUUGACGGAAGCGCAAUUUCAUCUUUGCGUGAUCUUGGAAUUGGAUUAGUUCACUUAAAAAAACUAAGCAUAAACAGAUGCGGCUUAACAUCCUUGGAUGGAAUCUGGGGCUUGGGGGCAUUAAAGGAACUCCAUGCUGCCGCCAAUCGUCUUUCUGAGUUGCAUCCGUUGGCGGCUAUGCAGAAAAUACAUACGCUUAACUUAGCCGAUAACCCUAUAGAAGAAUCGAGUCGCUUAUGGACCAUAGGCGUUUGCAGCUCCCUCCGCCGGUUGACUUUGCGAGGAACUCCCAUUGCUGACACAAUGAAUUAUCGCUCAACGGUUGCAUCUGCUUUACCGAUGCUUGUAACAUUAGAUGAAAUACCAUUAAAUGCAGAUGAGGAAGAUGAGAUUCCUGAAGACAAUGGUAGUGCAGAAAGUGAUAUAGAGCCGGAUGCUCCGCAGUCAUUGCCUAACGUGAUUGGGUCUACACUAGAGCCUCAGCCUAGUCCUUUGAACAAAACACACGUUCAGAGUAAAAACAACAAUCUUAAAGAGGAGUUUUCAUUGAAGUAUUCGACAUUAUCACGUCUACGACCAGCUACCACUGAAUGUGCAGGCAUACGCCCUACACGUGCUUAUCUACCUCGCCGACCAAGGACAGCCUUAGAAAGACCUAUAGACGCUCCAACUAGGUUGCAAAUUAUGAACACGCUUAUGGACGAUGAAUGGCGUUCUAGUGGAAGUAAAUUAACAUCACACGAUCCAGUUUGUGGAAAUCUUGCGAGAGCCUUACGAAAAUCUCCAAAAGAAAAAAAUCGCAGCUCAGUGGAAGCUGAAUUAGAAACCGUGGGGAAUACAAUGUCGGGAGCGUGUCGGGUUCUCGCUGCGGAAAUACCACGCGCGCCCAACGCUGAACAAUGGGCAAAGUUUAAAGAAGACACUGGAAUUGAAAUUGACAUUGACUUCAAUGCAAGGCCAAAGGAGGCGGACCCGACAAAAGUGUUGGAUCGCUUGGAGCGUAUUGAAAAGGAAACUAUGGAGAGGCUUAAUGCAAACCCAAACGAGGGUUUCCCAAAUGUACUCACCUCAUAUUCUUUAGAUCCGUCUAGAAUACUCUCCGGAGGUAUUAUGAGUGACUAUGACUUGUGGAGGGAAAUAGAAAAUUUGAAUGUAGCGCCUCCGCCUGACAAUGUUGAUGAUUUGUUCAGAGAUUUAGCACCGAUUCGUCCUAGGCGAAGGCGAAUGUUGGAGAAUGAUUAGGGGUAUUGAUGAGUUCAUGUAAUUUGGUAACUUUUAUUUUGUGAACCCAGGACCUAAAAUUCAACAUAUAAAUAACACCCAUCUUGUGUUAUAAGUUAGACGGUUUUGUUUUUCUAUCUGUGUAAAUGUGUAUUAUGGUAAUUAUAGCACGUCAAUGGAUGGACCGAUUUUAAUGAUUUGAAGUUUCUCAUCACGUUCAUAGUUGGCCGGAUUGUAGUUAAUCAUGUGUGGCUACGACGGUUUGAACAUGGUACGCGUGCGACGUAUGACUUACAGAGUGCCAAAU